AGGGAGAAGAUAAAAAAACAAAGACCAUCCACAGUACUCGUGCGCAAUCAACAGAUCAAAGGCACGAGACGUCCGAAUCUAAACAGCAAUUAAGACCAGACCCAAUAAGGAUUAGACUUACUUGAGCUGCCAAAGGACCUUAGUGUUAGUCUUGAGUCGUGGUCAUCACCAUGUCUACGCUCCUGGGGCUGAAGAGCAGCGUGCUGAGGCAGGUUCAGAGGAGUCAAUCCCUUUGGGAACGCCAGGAGCCCCCAUCACCCACCUGCAUCCCCGUGGCCAAGGCUGCCGAGGCCAUCACCACUAAUCCUGCUGCCACCACCCACAGAAUUUCCGACAGAAAGGAGUUCUUCGUGCGAAUGAAUGAAAUUCUUCUGAAGCAAGAUCGCAUACUUGACGACGGCCAGGGAGAGCAUGUCCUGUUCCCCCCUGUCCUGGAGCAUCCAGGCCCCGUGUUCCCUAUCAGUAAAGCAAGCAGGCAAGAGCUGGAUCUUCUGUAUGAGGAGGCAGUGUAUACCAUCCUGAAUCAGGUCGGGCUUCCAUCCCCAGACCACAUCACCAGUGAACUAGACCUCUUCAACUAUCUGCAGAAGGUUUUUGAUAUUGGUCAGGAAGAACAUGACAUAAUUCUACAAAAAGUCAAAGAGUCCAAGAGACCAAGUUAUGCACUCAGAGUUUCUGUCAUGAAGGCGAAGAAUUUGAUGGCCAAGGAUGCUAAUGGAUUUAGUGACCCCUACUGCAUGCUGGGGCUGCUGAUCAGGCAGAGCCCUAAGGAGCCAGAGGACAGACGGGAGCGGCGGUUCAGCUUCCGUAAGCGGCGUGAGAAGCUAGACAAGUGUGGUAGUAGCUCCAAGGAGGUCCUGUCCACACAAAUUCAAGCCACUGAAGUAAAACCCGAAACCCUUAACCCUGUAUGGAAUGAGCAUUUUAUUUUUGACAUUAAUGAUGUAUGUGGUGAGGUUCUUCAUUUGGACAUCUGGGACCAUGAUGACGACGUGUCUGUAGUUGAGGCCUGCAAGAAGCUGAAUGAGAUCAGUGGCAUCAGAGGAAUGGGAAGAUACUUUAAGCAGAUUGCCAAAUCUGUGCGGGCCAAUGGUUCAGCCUCGUCAGGCAGUGAAGAGAAUGCUGACGACUUCCUGGGCUGCCUCAACAUCCAUUUAAGCGAAAUCCCAGUAGGAGGACAUAAUGACUGGUUUAAGCUAGAGCCUCGCUCUACUGCCUCCAAAGUACAGGGAGACUGCCACCUCAUCAUGCGCCUUCUUACCAGUCAGAGAGACACAGAGCUGAGUCGAACUGAGUCCAGCAUGAACAUCCACAAGAAGAUGCUUUGUCAAAUCCUGGACUAUGAACACUCUCGUGCUCAGGUGGAGCCGUAUAAUUGGAAUGGCAAGCUGAGUGCACCUGCAAGAACAGUCAUCUGCCACCAUGCUAUGCAAGCAGACCUCUCUACACUACAGCAAACAAUCAUACACUGGGAAUGCUACAGCAGCCACCACCGGUCCCAGAGGAUGUGUUACUCCUCUCUACUGGAAUUCCUCCAGACCAUUGAUAUGGAAUGGGACUAUUCUGCUGUGCAUGGGGACCUGGAGGUGUUGCUGAUAGAUAGUUUGAGGCUGCAUCGCGAGUACUGCCUCUUCCUCAUAGAGAACCUGCAUGAGGUCUUCCCCUGCGCCCAUCCGCUGGCUGUCAAUCACUGCGAGCUCAUGCUGAGAGGUCUGGGGUUCAUGCAGACUAUGGAAAUAUUCCAUAAGGUGUUUCCUGCAACUCAUGAAAUACAACUGGAAAUGGCGACAUCCAUAAAGAAAGGAACAAUGAAAUGGUAUGACAGAAUGGUUGCACAGUACAAGAAUGAAGAAGUGGCAUUGGAGGAGGAGCUCCACCAGCUCAUUAAGGUGGUGGACCAUGUCUGUGCUGAUGUACAGAGAGGGCAAAACAUCUACAGCAAGCUCUUCCAAAGCACCAUUAAUGUGGACUUCUUUAACAUCUCCUAUCGCCAACUGGAGAGACUGGUGACGGAGCAUGUGAGCGUGGUGAUGGAGAAGGUGUCUGGCACCUUGGAGCAGGAGACUACCAGACUGACCCAGGCCAUGGGGGAAGCCCUCUUUGAACUCUACAUAUCCAUGAAAAUACUCAAACGAUUUGGAGAAUACCUGCCCCUGAAGGAUAAGAAGAUGCUGGCGUUGAACGGCUUCCAUAACUGCUUCAAGAGUGCCAUCCACAAGUGGCUGCAGAUUGUUCAUGAGCAGUCAUGUGACCGAAUCCACCGAGCAGUGGAAGCGGACCAGCUUGUGGUUAUUGAGGCCAAGGGUAAGCACAGCUCGUCGGCGGUGGAUGUGACGGUGUGCUUCAGCCAGGUACAGGGCUUCUGGGCUCAGCUAGCCUGGCCCGACACCACAGGAGCCUUCAUCUUCAUCACCAGACUCACAGAUAACAUUUGCAAUGAGGCUGUGUAUUACUCAGAGCUUCUAAAACGGAAGAUUGAAAGGAGCAAUCAGGCACAACACCCGAAGAGCAUAAUUGUGGAGUUUUGCGUGGCGCUGAACAACAUAGCCCACGUGCACGCGUACCUGGGCGGCCUGCCUCACGAGCUGGACUGGAAGUGUCUUGAGCAGGCCAUGGAGGAGUCGUGCGGGGACGAGGGACGCAGCCAGGCCACCAAGGCCCUCAACGGACAGCUGCAAAACGCUGUCACCGAACUGCACAGACAAUCAGACCACCUAAUCGCACUGCUGACCGAGAAGAUGCUGUAUGAAUUAAGGAAGUAUAUCCAGCACAUCAGCCUUUCUCCAGAUUCCAUCCAGAAUGACGAUGCAGUAACUCCUCUAAUGAAAUACCUAAGUGACAUGUUGGUCAUACUGAGUGAAGCUCUCAUCAAAGAAAAUCUCAACAGGGUCCUCUUGGCUUUGUGGGAACUGCUCUUGAGACUGAUUUUAGACACGGUGAAGGACAACAGAGGUGUCCAGAUAGAGUUCUACGCCCGCUUCCAACACACUAUGGAGUUGUUGCUGCAAUUCUUCAAUGCUGGAGGGGAAGGCAUUGCCCUGGAGGACCUUAAAACUGAAGACUACAAGGCUGUAGAUGAAGAGCUGCGUCAAAAUAAGUGUUCAUCCUUUGAGUUGAUUGAACAGUAUUUUCUGGAGAAGAUUUCACAACAGAGAGUACUGAAACACACCAAGUUUGGCCGCAUCAGUGUUAAGUGCUACUAUGACGCACCUGAGCAGAGACUGACUGUGGAGAUCCUUCACGGUGCUGACCUCAUCGCCCUCGACACCAAUGGUUUGAGUGACCCCUUCGUGAUAGUGGAGUUGUGCCCUCAUCACCUCUUCCCCUUCGCCAAAAGUCAAAGAACUCAGGUCAAACUGAAGACUCUGCAUCCAGUGUUUGAUGAACUCUUCUAUUUCCAUGUCAGUCCGGAGCAGUAUAGGCACAGAUACGCCUGCAUAACCUUCACGGUGAUGGACUACGACUGGCUGUCCACCAACGACUUUGCUGGAGAGGCCGUUGCGCCGCUAAGCGACUUCUGCUGGCCUGGAAGAGCAACUGCGACUGCCACCGGGAAAACCCUGCAGCCCGUGGUCCUCCACCUGUCCCGGGAGAACCCAUGCGAAAAGCACAUCAUCAAGCUACUGGAUGCCAGGAAAGGAGACCGGGAGGCUCAGGAGUUUGUCAAGAGGCUUAAGGAAAUAGCGAAAUGUAUGGAGGAGGAAUAGAGGAUAGCCCACAUUCCUGCUGAAGAAGUCAGUGUUGUGCGUUUUGUAUGUUGUAUUUGCGGAGUUUAUGCCGAAAUGUUUACACAUGUUCGAUCCGUUUGAGUAAAUGCAGUACUAAUUCAACUUUACAGUUGCAUGUCAUGCUAUUGUUUUGUGUUAUGAUAAAUUAUAAAUUAUAUUGAUGAAAGGGAAACUUAAACUUUUGUGUUGUUAUAAAUUAUAAAUUAUAAACUAUAUUGAUGAAAGGAAAACUUAAACUUUUGUGUUGUUAACAUUAGUGCCAUGCUAUCUCGUGUCAAAAAACACAUGUUCCUAUGUGGUUAUACUGUAAAUGGUCAUUUGUUUGUCACAUACAAUUUCAAUUUGGUUUCUUGUGAGCAAAACUUGUUGAUUAUUGUACUGUAUUUUCAGUGUGAUUUUCUUGUCGAUUCUAAGUGGUUUUCAGUGUACAUUUACGUCUCUUAAAAAUAGUCUUUAUACUGUACAGAUUUGGAGAACCUUUGAAAAAUAUUUCCACUUUGGCAUUAAAAUUUGCUAAAUCGAUGUAGCAACCUGGAGCAGAGGUGUAUACCGUAGAUGUAGAAGUACUCUUACUGAUGAAAUGACAACACUAGUACACGAGCUAACAUAGAUUUCACACCAGUUAUUCCCCUCUACCUAAACAGGUGGAUACACUGUAAGAGUGCUUUUGCUUCUGCUUAUUCACCUCUUUCCUGGAGUGGGUAUUCUGAAGAUGUGAAGCCAACAGAAGGAAAGCUAUUGGGUAACAUUCGUUAUUAAUAAUAGGUGAACAUUGUACUUGUUGUGCACUUACUGAGUUGCUGUGUUCACCUACUGUAUACCGUAGUCAUUGCUGCACUGGGGUGAUUAUUUGUCUUAAGUUGUUUGGUAUUUGUCAUCAGUAGCAGCAUUUGCCAAGUGUGUGAUCUGGGUUAUGGAGUGGCUUUGGUGAUUUCCUCAGUACGCUGCAUCUCUUGAUGGCUAUUCACCACAGGUAUCCCCAGAAAUGUCAACCCUGGCAGAUUCAGAAAGUUAAAAAAAAAACAUUUUCUUCAUUGUAGGCAGCUGGACCUCCUUGUAGCUUUAAUUUGUUUAGAGAAAAGCUGCGCUCUCAAUUGCAAAUCUUAUAUCUAUUCAUCAGGAUAGCAUGACAGACUAGAUCAGGGAUGUCAAAGUCAGGCCCGGGGGCCAACUCUGGCCCGCAGAGUAAUUUUAUUCUGCCCGCAAGAUUUCAAAUCUGAAAUACGUAUUACAGUUGAAAUUUGGUGUGCCAAAGGACUAUGAGUGGUCCCAGGCUAAUGAAAUAGCUUACACUCAUAUACAACACAAUAUGAGCAGGCACAUUUGAGCAUAUACUGUAUGUAUGAUGGGAAAGAGUGUGUGUGAGUAGUUAGCUAUGAGUAUUAGGUGCAUGCACGCACAAUUUUAGUCCAUUAAAAAACAACAACAAAAAAAACAGUUUAGCCCGCAAGUUCGUUCCAGAUUUUGAUUUUGCCCCCCAGUCAAUUUGAGUUUGACACCCCUGAACAAGAUUGACAUUUUGGCCUAAAUCAUCUUCAGCAUCUUUUUUGAAAUGUGAAGAGACUUCUACUCCUUAGUCCUUAGUCAUUCAACAAAACUUUCUUUUUUUAAAUGGUGACCUGGGUGAAUGAGCACCUUCACAGACUGCCACAUUUUAUUCUUUAACGAAGUGGUGACUUCACUCCACUGAGUAACUAAUGGAGUGAUUGAUGGUCAUUAUGUAGGCUGUCCACUAACCCUUUUGAGUGGAUAGAUUAUUUAUUUGUCCUUUCGGAAAUUUGUUCUGUGCCAUUUUCAGUGCAUCUGAUACAAUUACAAAGACAUUACAAUAAACAAGAACACAAUAGACAAA